AUGGAGCCGGACCGCUGCACCGGGCCGGCACAUUGCACGCCAAUGUCAAGGGAGCCAAUGCAGAGGUCCAGGGAUCCACCUCCGGAGGUGGUAAAUGGUGCUGAGGCAAGGGUGCCACUCAGCAUGGUUGCUGCACAUGAGCCACAUUACAACCGGAAGAUGCUGCUAUUCUUCCGGCAGCAGACCGAGAAAGCCCAGAGCCUAUGGGAUCCAGCAAAAGCAACAAGAGAUUGUUCAUCGUUGUUCCACUCCGCUCUUGGCAAAGCAACAAGGUUAAUUCGGAAGCAUGCUCAACCCUUCAGCAUUUGUGAGUUCUACAGGGUUGACGAUGUCAGGGCUGCAGUGGAGGAAAUAUGCGAACUCCUCAGAGACAUCUUGCAAGAGUGUGAAAUGGACUCUGUUAUUGAGACAAGAGUGCACGAUAAUGACUAUGCUGCUGACAAACAACACCUGGACAUGCUUCUCUCAUGCGUGCUUGGAGUUGACUGCAGUGGUGAUGUAGAUGCCACCUGCUUGCCAUCGUGGAAUGAUAUCCAAAAUCGGCAUACUUCACUUCUAAACAGUCUGAAGAUGAUCAAAGAUGAAGAGCUCACAGUGACAAACAGAAAGAUAGGUGGUGGGGGUGAGGGAUCUGUUUACGAAGCGGAUUGGCAAGAUGCCAGGGUUGCUGUCAAGAAGCUGAACACGUCCGGCUGUCAGAUGGACCUCGAGGAUGUCGCCGAGUUCUACGCGGAAGCCUCUAUCCAGUCAUCUCUUGAUCAUCGAAACGUUGUCAAGCUGCAUGCCAUCACCACGUCUGGCUGUUUCAUCAUGCCAAUCGCAGAGAGUGAUCUUCAGAAGCUGUACAAAACUGGAGAGCAAAUUGCGUGGCCUGUGACACGUGCUCUCCUUUUGCAAGCAGCUAAUGGGCUGCUGCAUCUGCACGAACGAAAUUUGGUGCAUUGCGAUGUGAAGAGCUCGAAUUUUUUGGUUUUCGGCAAGGAGCUCUCAUCCUGCACAGUCAAAAUUGCUGAUUUUGGAUUCACAAUCGAAAGUCGGGGCACCCGGAGCAAAACUGUGAGAAAGCAGCGUGGGACGUUGGAAUGGAUGGCUCCCGAAGUCUACGACGAUCAAGUGCUGACCAAGGCGUCGGACGUUUUUAGCUUCGGGGUUGUCAUGUACGAAUGCGUGACGAGGAAGCACCCCUACGGAGUGGCGGGACUGGACCGGGCACGUGUUGAUGCUACUGUCAUGGCCAAGAAGUUGUCUGGUAAGGAACCUUGCAGUGUCAAACCUGAAGAUUGCCCAAGGGAAAUGCUGGCUCUCAUGAGAUGGUGCUGUGAUCGCGACGUCAAGAAUAGACCAACGAUGGAGCAAGUGUUUGUCCAUCUCCAGAACCUGCCAGACGACUUUUCACCCCAGGAUGAUGCUGAACUGGCAAUGGAAGGCCUUCAAAAUGUACAAUACAACCACAGGAUGAUGGGGUUUCUGAAAUUUCAGCUUGAAAAGGCAAGCUGCGUGAAAAAGCCACAAUGCGCAACUCCACAGCAGGUGAAGGAGUUCGACUGUCAACUGGACAGGGGCCAUAAACUCUUGGCCUGCCACAAGGAGCCAUUCGAUGUGCGCUACUUCCAAAGAAUUGGGGAUACGCAUCGUUUGGUGGAGAAGAUCUGCAGGAGUCUGAAGUCUAUCCUCCAAGAGUGGGAAUGUCUGGACACUGCAGGGUUGGAAGACAUGGUGCCUGGAGAAUAUGUUGAGGAAGAUAAGCAAUAUUUGCACAAUCUCUUGAACUGCAUCCUUAAGGGCUCUUGCAGCGAUGUGAGUGAUGUUGUGCUGCAUCAAAUCGAGGAUGUCAAAUGUGAUCAUGAGAAAAGAUUGCCAUUCUUGGUGAUCGUCAAAGAAGACUCCCUUCGACUCGGUCGACAAAUUGGGUGCGGAAUGGAUGCUGUAGUGCAUGCAGCUGAAUGGAAGGAUGGUUGCACAACAGUGGCAGUUAAGAAACAAUAUGGGCACUGCUCUGUUGAGGAACUUAGGUGUCUCGUUGCGAAUGCUGCUGUGCAAAUGGCCCUGAGGCAUGAACACAUUGUUAAAGUCCAUGCUGUGACCCCGUCUGGCUGGCCAGUGAUGGAAUUAGCGGAUUCCAACCUUCACAAGUUGAGGCACGACCACUUCGCUAUGGGGUGGAAAGGGAAGCGCAAUCUUCUUCUGCAGGCAUCGGUUGGUUUGCUUUUCCUGCACAGCCAGUCACCUGUUUUGGUGCAUUCCGGGGUGAAGCCUGCCAACUUCCUUGUCUUUGGGACUCAACCUGAAACAUGCAAGGUGAAAGUUGGUGAUAUCAGGCAGGUGCUCCAAUCCAGGGGAGAGGAAGAUGUAAAAAUUACAGUAGGAAGGGGUAGCGCAACAUGGGCAGCCCCCGAGAUUUACCUUGGUGAUCUUCUAACUGCUGCUUCGGAUGUUUUCAGCCUGGGGGUUAUCAUGUAUGAAAUUGUGACUGAGCAGGAGCCCUAUGGAACAAGGUUUGGGGCUGCUGCCGAUGCAGUUGCAAUGAAGAAAAAGCUAGUGGGGGAUGAGCCUUGCAAAGUUGACGGGAAGGAUUGCCCGCCAGCCCUGCAGAUUCUCAUGAAGAGUUGCUGUGACCCUGAACCAAGAAACAGGCCAACGAUGGAAACUGUGAAAAUCCAAUUGGAGCAGCUUUCUCCAGAAUGGGCACCCGAGGUGAGUAGCUUGAAACCCGGUGGGUAUGCAGCAGUGGCCGUGCACUGA